CAUAUAAGCAGUCACGUGACGACUGAUAUCAGGGUGCAGGAUCACGUGACUUUAUGGGGUUCACAUAUAGAUGUUAAUGGAUGUUAUCACCCCGCAAAAACAAGAAGCACGACACUAUUCUUCAUCUCUGCGCUCGUGCGUCUACCCCCCUUUAUACUGUGAACCGACUUGUACGUGCUGGUGUCGAUAUUAAUGCUGUGAACAAGGAGGGGGAAUCGCCGUUAAGUAUUGCAAUUCUCGAACAAAACACUAAUCUCGCGAAGUUCCUUGUGGAAGCUGGUUGCAGGGUUGACUUUUCCGAGUUUACUUCCCCUAUGUACAUUGCUUGCAUGAAGAACAGACAUGACGUUGUCUGUUAUCUAUUAUCUGAGGGGUUUAACGUGAGCGCCGCGCCAUGGUUUAGGCAUAUCCCUUGCAAGAAUCUGAAAGCCGAUGACCUUGUUCUUUGGGAGACGAUUCUUCGUCGAAUGGACCAUCCUGUGUCACUCAAGGAGAGCUGCAGAACCGUCAUCAGAAAGGCUUUACGACCAAAAAAUGUAAAAAAGCUCCAUGCACUGGAUUUGCCGAAAUCGAUAAAGGCUUGGAUUGUGAGUGAUAACAUUUAUAGCGAUAAACCUAUAGUGAGAGCGGCCAUUCGUCAUACGUCCAUCUCAGAGUGGCGGGCAUGGAAGUGUAUGAUGGCGAAGAUUCUUAGCAAUCUAUCCAGCCGUGGCGUAAUGGAUAUGAAUAUGUUCUAGCGAUCGGGAGGUCACGGGUUCGAUCCCCACUGUGGGAGCGUUCUUUAGAUCUCCCCCAUAGACACCAAAGAAAUGGACUCGAGAGCGUUUCAUAUAAGCUUAGGCUUGUUAUGCAAUCGAGAUUGAAUAAAUAGGUUUAAAAAAGGUUCUAUCCUAGAUGGGUUGCGUGAUCUCCUGGAUGUGUUAUGACGUUAUGUUAUAUUAAAAUGUUUUAUGCACUGGUCAUUUGGAUUUUCUAUGAUUAUGUAUGAUUUUUUAUUUUGGCUGAAUAAAGGAAGCAGACGAAG